GUCUGCUUCAAGCUUACACCACAACCUGGCUCCAUGGUGCUUCUCUUCUCCACUCUUUACUAUAUUCUCUCUGAGCUUUUCUUCUGCCAAUUUUCUUCUUCCAUGAUCCAGGGAAGGUUUCACCUAUCUUUCCUGCAAAACCAACAUUUGUUUCAAUUUCAACUGUUCUGCACAAACCUGUGUUGUUUUUUUGUCUCUUUGGUUUGGUGGGUUCCCCACUGAACAUGGCAACUGAAGCUACAGACUCUUCCAACCACAAAAAUAACCAAGGCCAUGGCACCACUGGAAGUAGAACUGAUACCCCAAUUCAAAAGGGUCCAGCAUCAUCUGAAAUAACAGAGGAAUUUCCAAGAGAUCAACAUGGGACAAGGCAAAACCUGAUCGUGGAUAUACCUGCAGUAUCUCAGGAGGAACAGAAAGAAGAUUAUGUGAGGAUAAACAUGCCUCUAACUCCACCUCCAAGAAGAGUGAUUUUUUCCCCUUGCCCAAGUCCUGUUUACCCAAGAAGCAAAGAAUCCCCAGGUCCCUCUUCAUCAAAAAGUAGAUCAAAUAUUAAAGCCUUUCUUCCUAAACUCAGUUUUAAAUUUCGUAACACAAGUUCGGAGAUUGAAAAGGCUGCUUUCCUAGCACUUGGAGGAUCAGCAACAGUGGCACCAAAAAGGCCUUUUCUUUCAAGGACAUUAUCUCUUGUCACUCCUAGAGGGAAGAAAACGUCAUCUUUACCCGUAACCCCAAUUGCUCAUUCAAAUCCUGGGUCUGUACAUGGCGGGAACAUGGCUUAUGCAGAAACAGUUGAGAUUGAAAUGAAAUUACCAAUUCAUCGUUCUCGUUCAGUACCUAUGCUUAACAAAGAAGGUAGCUCACCCGUACCUGGUAUGUUUCGUAUAGUUCCGACCACAUUACGAGUGGAUGAUAAAAUCGCCGCAACACCUAUGACAUCUCCAAUUCAUGAUACUGUUCACAAUGAGGAUGGUGGUGAAGAUAUUCCGGAAGAAGAAGCUGUUUGUAGAAUUUGUAUGGUUGAACUUGGAGAAGGUGCUGAUACUUUUAAAUUGGAGUGUAGCUGCAAAGGUGAGCUUUCAUUGGCACACAAAGAGUGUGCAGUCAAAUGGUUUACCAUUAAAGGUAAUAGAACAUGUGAUGUGUGCAAGGAAGAGGUUCAGAAUCUACCUGUCACUCUUUUACGAGUUCAAAACGGUCAGGCCCAUAACAUACUGGGGUCAGACGCUUCUCAUUAUAGGGUUUGGCAGGAUGCUCCCGUUCUUGUUGUUAUCAACAUGCUGGCUUACUUUUGUUUUCUGGAGCAGCUUCUUGUGUCUAAUAUGGGAUCCGGUUCUAUUGCCAUGUCUCUCCCAUUUUCUUGUAUAUUGGGUCUUCUUGCAAGCAUGACAGCAACAACAAUGGUGAGGAGAAAUCAUGUUUGGAUUUAUGCAACUGUUCAGUUUUGUCUGGUGGUUCUUGCUGGGCAUCUUUUCUUUUCAUUGAUUCAUAUGCAAGCUGUUCUUGCUAUCCUACUAGCUACACUCACUGGCUUUGGAGUUGUAAUGUGUGGAGCUUCUAUUCUUAUGGAGAUUUUAAAGUGGAGGAGGAGAUCCCUUGCUCAGUCAAAUCAACAGCAAGGUUCCCAAGAUGCAGUGCCACCAGAUCAAUCUUCUACAGUUGCUCAUCAAGUUCAGACUGCUUCUGAACAAACUGAGAGCAAUCUGGGAGAGUCUCCUCAACAGAGGAGUUGAGACAGAAUAUUGGCUUAAACAUAUUUUGGUCUCUAAAAUAUGACCUUUUUUCUAUUUUAAUCUCCAUUUAAAUUUUAAUUAUUUUUGGUCACUAUAUUUAAUACGAGUAAUACGUUUCUACUCCCUUACAAGCUCCAUCAAGUAUUAAAAGCACAUUUUUUAAACAAAAAAAAAUCAAUGAAACAGUGUUUACUUUUGGAACAACAGAGGUUGUAUUUUCAGGACCAAAAAUAUGUUUAAGCUAUUCGCUGAAAGUAUCUGGUUGUAUAUAAUGUGCAUAUUGUAUAGACAAGUUUGGACACGCUGGACUCUUGUUUUUGUUUUCUGAUGCCAUGAUACAUACAGGAAUAGACAUGUAUCAUGUAUGGCAUGAUUGGCAUCCAUUGUUCCAUCUCUCAUAAAAACACAGCAAUACUUGUACAAUAAUUGCUUGAUGCAAAGUUGAAGAAUGGUUGAUUUUGUGCUACAAUAAUGGUUGAAGUUUCACAUUCCAAUU